AUGGACAGAUCAUUUCAAUGCUUAAGAUGGAUUCUCAAUUCGCAAUGGAUCUGGAUUAUUUUCUUGCUUGGAUAUUAUCUGAAAUCAUUUCUAAAAAUCCAUAAAUAAGAUAUCAAGAAAGAAAUAUUUUAUGCCUAACUUGCUCUUAUCAAACAACACUACAGACUCAGACUUAUCUUAAUUAUUAUUGCAGAAUUAUUCCUAUAAGAUUUUGCAAUAACUUUGGGGUUAAGUAAGAAUAUUAUUGAAUAGUCUAAGAACCAUUGUAGAUGA